CGUGCUGCUAAGUAUUAGGCCCCCUUCUCUCCUCGCUAACAGUCAGUCACUGUGCUUUGUUCGCUCUUUUAGGGGCGAGCUGGUGAAAUAACUAAGCCGUUAUGUUAUUGUAAUCAGUGCUAUUUUAAAGAGACGGAGAGGACUCCCAGUGGAGAUUCCGCUAUGGCAGAUCACAAUAAGGAAUCUUUAAGAAAGAUUAUAACUACAUUGGCUGUGAAAAAUGAAGAGGUCCAGAACUUUAUCUACGUGCUAAAGCGAACCCUGAAGAAUGUUGAGGAUAAUUCUGAACGAGCUCUCAGAGACCUGGAGGCAGAAUAUAGCUCACUGUAUACUAUUCUUGAUGAGCUGAAGGAAGACAUGGUGACAAAGAUCAAACAAGAACGAGCCAGCAAGACCUAUGAACUGCAGAACCAACUGACAGUCUGUGCCAAGGCUUUGGAAAGUUCAGAAGAACUUCUGGAGUUUGCAAACCAGACAUUGGACAACACAAACUCUGAUGGGUUAAACCAGGCUGCCAAACAGAUUAAAGAUAGUGUUACUAUGGCACCAGCUUUCAGGCUAUCCUUAAAGGCCAAAGCCAGUGACAACAUGAGUCAUCUAAUGGUCGACUUCUCCCAAGAACAAAAAGUCCUUCGUUCACUGAAGUUCUUGCCAGUGCCAAGUAUUCCAGAAAUUGAUACGGCAGAGUGCCUAGUAGCAGACAACUGUGUGACUGUGGUCUGGCGAAUGCCUGAGGAGGACACAAAAAUCGAUCAUUACGUAUUGGAAUAUCGCAAGACCAACUAUGAAGGGGCCCCACGACUGAAGGAAGAGCACCCCUGGAUGGUGAGGGAAGGCAUUAAGGAGAUGGAAUUCACAUUGUCAGGUUUGAAAUUUGACACAAAAUUCAUCAACUUCCGGGUGAAAGCCUGUAACAAAGCUGUUGCUGGAGAGUUCUCGGAGCCAGUCACACUGGAGACCAGUGCAUUUAAUUUUAAUUUGGAUGCUGCCACUGCUCAUCAGAAUUUGAAAGUGGAAGAUCACAAAGUGGAAUGGGAUGCGUCGGGGGGGAAGGUGCAAGAAAUAAAAGUUCGAGGAAAGGAAAAUCGAAGUAGGACAGCUUCACCUGCCCAUUCCCCUGCGAGAAGCAUCAUUCAGUCACCAAAGAGAUUACCAUCUGGACGGAGCAGCAGGGAUCGAUUCACUGCAGAAUCGUACACCGUUUUAGGAGAUACUCUGAUCGAUGGUGGACAGCAUUACUGGGAGGUUGUCUUUGAAAGGGACAGCAAGGCUUUUUUUGUAGGUGUAGCCUACAGGACUUUGGGCAAAUUUGAUCAAUUGGGAAAGACGAAUGCUUCCUGGUGCCUUCACCUCAAUAACUGGUUGCAAGUCAGCUUCACUGCCAAGCACAACAACAAGGCCAAAGUCCUGGAUAUCUCAGUACCGGACAGAAUUGGAGUUUAUUGUAACUACAGUGAAGGUCAUCUGUCAUUCUACAAUGCCAAAACUAAGCAGUUGAUUCAUUCUUUCAGGACAAAGUUCACACAGCCUGUCCUCCCUGCCUUCAUGGUCUGGUGUGGUAGCUUUAUUGUGCAAACUGGACUUCAGGUACCAAGUGCUGUCAAAUCGCUGCAGAAACGCAACAGUGGUACCAGUAGCUCCAACGCUAGCUUAACCUAGAAAUCUUCAUUUAACUCCACCAUACCUGUGCGAAUCAAAGGCUGAAUGUAUGGUGAAACUUGCCUUGGUGGAAAAUAAAGACUGGAUUUGGAUUCUGUAAACCUAUGUAGGAAGUUGGCCUUCUUAUAUUUGGAGUUAUUAAGUUUGGCACUCUUUGUAGGAAUGGAAAAUUGUGAUUGGUCUUCCAUUUCUAAUGAGGAUUAUUACUGGGAAAUUGAUGCAAGAUCUAAAUUUUGAAAUGUUUUUUAAAACAUGACAAACUGGAGGUGCUUGUAACAAUAAUCAUUGUGCAGAGUGCUAGAGUUACAUAUAAAUCUUCCUCUCAAAGGUAGCAAUAUGUUAAUAUCUUCUGACCAUAGGAAGCAUCUUGUAUGAACAAAUUGUCAAUUGGCCUAAAUUUCUCUAUACUCGGAAAAAGGGGAAGAGAUCUUCACAGCUGGCACCCAAAAUAAAAUUAUUUCAGCAAGUUCUGUAAUGGUGCCUUUUGUUCAUUUUAAAGUCAAGGUACUGAGAAUGGCCACCUGGAAAAAGGGUUAAAUUAUUUUGUCAAUGAGAAGUAAUGAGUGUCACAGAAAAGCACCUUAAAGGAGUAAAUUAAAGGCAUUUUCCGCUUCUCCCAGCUGAAUGUUACCUUACCUACAUUAAGUUAUAUGUAACACAUGAGUAGCUGCCUAGGAUAAGUAACAAAUCUUUUCUGUUUUGAUCACUAAGGAAAUUUUAGAUCAUUUUAUCUCCUUGUUGCUUUAUAGCUGGGAAAGCAAGAUAGUUUACCCUUGAAUGUCCUUCUGGCUAUUGCUAAUACACAGAACCAAACAGUGGAUUGUAUUGAUUGUAUAAAAUGGAAGCUUCACAGUCAGUAGUUUAGUUAAAAUACCUUACAAACUUGGCCAUUAUUGGUCAUUAUUCUCAGUCAAGAUGAGCAGUAAUGAGGCCUACUGAGGAUUACUCUGCUCCUUCCUGUCCUCUUCUGUGCAAGAUAAUGACUGCUUCAUCCUUGGAAACUUUAAGCUCAGUUGCUGCUGGCUGCUUUUCACAACUGAAGCAAAAUGUAUUGCAUUCUGUAAAAUAGUUGGUUCGAGGUUAAAACGUAAUAUAUGAAUGGAGUAAGGGAUACUUCCCGGGUUGUGGAUCGUACACUACACAUCACAGACCAGGAAACUUUAUCUGAUGAAAUGCGUCCUACCCCCAUGACAGCUGUUAAACAUGCAUAAUAGUAUCAAGGUCUUUUGGUCUUUUCAUUUAUGAACAAAAGAUGGUCUCUGAAUAUGGAGCUCUAUUCUGGCAAUGUAAAAAUCUAAUUGGGUUUUAACUUUUAUUUCUAAUUAUAUAAUGUCACUUGUUGAAUGCUGUAGUGAUUUGAACUCUUGGCAUAUGCUUCUGGGUACCAGGUCUCUGCAGAUGGCCGAGUUGAGCCCCAGUUAGAGAAAUGCACUUAUUGGCUGUCUCAAUACCUUUCAUGAGCCCUCUGCAUUUUACUACCUCUUUUGUUGGAACGGAUGUUAGUGAUGCACCUGUACUGUGUGAUUAUGAAUAGAAAUCAGAUUAUGUUGGGCCUGAACCCUUUGUCAGAUCUAUGCUCAUAUUGCUGUGCGUUUUCCCAUUGAUUCUUUAGUUGGGUUAACACGUGCACAGGGGUGAACUUGCUUUGAAUGUGAAACAGAUGACGAUAGGCAAUUCAUGGCCCCUCUAGCUAAUGGUAGUAAAUGUAUAAACAGAGGGCAAUUGAGAGAUGAAAAACCUCGUUUUGAGGAUUUUAAUGACUCUGCAAGUGAUUUACAGGAUUAAAUUUAAGUGGCUAAAUCUUCUAGAGGGAAGUGGAAACCAGGCAUAGAGAUUUGAGUCUGGUCAUCAGUAUUAUUUUUACUUGUAAAAACUCCAUUUUGGAUUUUGCUUCGCGUAAUACAUGGCUUUGAAUGAUUAAUAGAGUGUAUAUAAAAAGUUGGCAUUUCACAUGUUAAAUGUUUCCUAUUAAAAAUAAUUGCAGCAGGGUUUUUUUUUUGUGGCUUAUGUUUCUUUGAGAUGUAGCACAUAAUAAAUAAUUAUUCACAAUGGUAACCAGCCUUGACUCCUGGUAUAAGGUUCUUGGUGCGCUUGCUGAUUUGACCUGAGUGUUGGGGACAAGAGUCUGCUUUGAUCCCUCAGC